AUUAGCCAAAACUUUCUACAUCACACCAUUUGUGGAGAUUGGUCAGUAGCCAAAUAUUAUGUCAUUUUUCACCAUUUUUUCUUUCAGCAUGCAACGUACGUUUUGAGUUGUCUUCUUUACCAUACAAGAUAGUGACACACACAUAAACUAAUUGCCUCUAAGUGGUUAAACACCAUUUUCAUUUUCUUUUCUUUCCGCAAGAAAAACUUAGAAGGAAGAAGAUGGAUAAAGCUAUGACUAAACUCGGAAGCUUUUGGGUCUCCAAGAAAGCUAAGGAAGAGAUUUCCAACAUAACCAACGAUAUAUCUUCUUUCUCAAAUACUGUUGAAGACAAGGCUAAACUUUUCAUCAACAAGCUCAAAGGCAAAACUCAGAAAGCCUUACCAGAUCUUCUACGAGAGAACAACCUUCCUCCGGGUCUGUUUCCGCGUAACAUAACAUGCUAUGAGUUCGAUGAAUCAAAAGGAAAGUUGGUAGUGCACUUGUCCUCCCCUUGUGAGGUAUGCUUCAAGGACUCAUCCAUUGUGAGAUAUUCUAACCGUGUGAAAGGGACACUGUCAAAGGGGAAACUCAUUGUUAUAGAUGGUAUGAAAACCAAGGUUCUUAUGUGGGUUAAGGUCACAAGUAUUUAUGUUGAGAGUUAUAAAUCUGACAAAGUAUGGUUCACUACUAGUGGUGUUAAGAAAUCAAGGCCUAAAGAUGCCUAUGAAAUGCCUCGUGAAGCUGUUAAGGUUGAAGAAUUUUGAUUCCAAUGAAUGUACAUAUAAACUUAUUAUUCAUUGAACAAUUCAUUAAUUUAAUUUGUGUGUGUAAGUUUAUAGGUGUGAAGAAGCUAUGAUAUAUAUGAUAGUAUAAUAUACUUGGAUAUAAUAUGUAUAUUACACUUUAUAUUGUGUUGUGACCUGUGUUAAGAAG